AUGAGAGCUCCAACGCGGCGGCGGGAGAUGCUGCUCCUGCUGCUGGUGGCGAGCAGCGUGACGGCGGGGCUCUGCGACACCAACCCCCAAGAUGCUUCGGCGCUAAGGUCGCUGAUGAGCCAGUGGACCAACUACCCGUCGACAUGGACGUCGUCGGGCGACCCCUGCGACGGAAGCUGGGAUGGGAUCAUGUGCAGCAACGAGAGGAUCACCUCGCUGAGGGUAGCUAGCGUGAACCUGCAGGGCACGAUGAGCGACAGCAUCGGACAGCUCAGCCAGCUCGUCUUCCUGGAUCUUUCCUACAACACUGGCCUGACUGGUCCGUUGCCUGCUUCGAUCGGGAACCUUGUGCAGCUCACAACACUGAUCCUGCCUGGUUGCAGUUUCAAUGGAGGCAUUCCCAAAGAACUGGGCAACCUGCUGAAGAUGUCUUUCCUUGCGCUGAAUUCAAACCAGUUUACGGGCACAAUACCAGCUUCGCUUGGCCUACUCUCAAACCUCUACUGGCUAGACGUGGCAGAUAAUAAGCUAACAGGAUCUCUUCCUAUCUCAACAGGAACGGCACCGGGCCUUGACAUGCUUACCCGCACACAACACUUCCAUUUCAGCAAGAACCAGCUAUCCGGACCGCUUACAGGCCUCUUCAACUCUAAUAUGUCUCUUCUACACAUAUUGUUUGAUGCCAAUCAAUUUUCAGGGCCAAUUCCAUCUGAGAUUGGGACCAUUAGCUCUCUCACAGUUAUUCGAUUGGACAGGAACAAGUUAGUGGGACCAGUUCCUAACUUGACCAACUUGGUAAAUCUAAAUGAGUUGAACUUGGCAAGCAACCAGCUAACUGGAUCACUGCCAGAUCUCAGCAGCAUGAGCAUGUUAAAUGUUGUUGUACUGAGCAAAAACCAGCUGAGCGGGACACUUGAUAUGUCAGGCAACAUCAGCCAACGGCUGCAAUCUGUUGAUCUCAAUACAAACAGCAUACUUUCUGCCAAUGUCACUCCAAACUACAAAAAGGCACUAGUGCUUCUCAACAAUCCGGCAUGUUUCGAUGAGUCUUUGUCUGGUGGCCCAUUUUGCAGCGUCCAGCAACCGAACGUGAUACCAUACAGAACUAGCAUGGACAAAUGUGCCUUGACAACUACGUGCCCUAGUGAUCAGAAUCAGAACCCUGCGAAUUGUGACUGCGCUUUUGCGUACAGUGGCAAGAUGAUCUUCAGAGCUGCACUUUUCAAGGACUCGACGGACAGCAUUAUGUUUCAGCAAUUGGAGACGAGCCUCUGGACACAGUUGAACCUGCGUGCCGGUGCAGUUGAGUUGUCCGAUGUCCACUUUAACAGCGACGGCUACCUCCAAGUUCAAGUGGAGCUGUUCCCUUCGUCCAGGACAAACUUCAACCAUUCUGAACUGAUCGUCAUCGGGUUUCUUCUCAGCAACCAUACCUACAAGCAACCGGCAAAGUUUGGGCCUUAUAUCUUCAUUGCAGAUAAAUAUAUCCCCUUUUUAGUUGCUGGUGGCAACAAAUCAAAGUUCAGUACAGGUGCUAUAGCUGGAAUCGCAGCAGCGGCUGGUGGGCUUCUUGUGAUCGCCCUCGUCCUAACAGGAUUAUUCGCUUUGCGACAGAAGAGAAAGAACCAGAAACUAAAAGUACAAACCAACCCUUUUGCUAGGUGGGGGACUAUGCCGAAAGAAAGUGGAAAAGCUCCACAGCUGAAAGGAGUGAGGUUCUUCACCUUUGAGGAGCUGAAAAGCUGCACCGAGAAUUUCUCGGAUAGCUAUGAGAUAGGUGCAGGAGGCUAUGGAAAGGUGUACAAGGGAACACUGGUAGACGGAAUGCGGGUGGCGAUAAAGCGGGCACAGUCCGGGUCGAUGCAAGGUGCGGCGGAGUUCAAGAACGAGAUCGAGCUGCUGUCCCGUGUUCACCACAGCAACCUGGUGAGCCUGACCGGUUUCUGCUUCGAGCAAGGGGAGCAGAUGCUGGUGUACGAGUUUGUCGCAGGUGGGACGCUGCGAGAGAACCUUGUUGGGAGAGGGUCUUACCUUGAUUGGAAGAAGAGGCUGAGGAUCACUCUCGGCUCGGCGAGGGGCCUGGCAUACCUACACGAGCUCGCUGACCCUCCGAUCAUCCACCGGGACAUCAAAUCCACCAACAUUCUCCUCGACGAGAACCUCAAGGCCAAGGUCGCCGACUUCGGCCUCUCCAAGCUCCUGGCUGAUGGCGAGGAAGGCCACGUCUCCACCCAAGUCAAAGGAACAAUGGGUUACUUGGAUCCGGAGUACUACAUGACGCAGCAACUGUCGGAGAAGAGCGACGUGUACAGCUUCGGGGUGGUGAUGCUGGAGAUGGUGAGCGGGAGGCAGCCGAUCGAGAAGGGGAAGUACAUCGUGCGGGAGGUGAGGCAGGCCCUCGACCCUGCCGACCGCGACUACUACGGCCUACACGCCAUCGUCGACCCGGCGAUUCGGGAUGCCGCGCGGACCGCCGGGUUCAGGCGAUACGUGCAACUGGCGAUGCAAUGCGUGGACGAGUCGGCGGUGGCACGGCCAGCCAUGGGCACCGUGGUGAAGGAAGUGGAGGACAUGCUGCUCAAGGAGCCCGACGUGGACGGGCCCAACUCGGCCGAAUCGUCCGCCACCAAAUUCGACGGCGCGGGUAGGGGCGCGCCCACGCACCCCUACAGCGACGUGGAGCUAACCACUGGUGCCGACGGCGUGUCGGAGUACAUGCCCUACUUCGAGGUCAAGCCCAAAUAG